AUGGAGGCUCGCGGUGCACCACUUGACUCGAUUGCGGCUGUGAUAGAUGGGACACUACGAAAAGUUGCUCGUCCGGUUGCCAAUCAAGGCCUGGUGUUCAACGGGUGGAAACAUUUCCAUUGCCUCAAAUACCAUUCUGUUCUUACUCCAGAUGGUAUUGUGAUUCACGUCUAUGGGCCUGUGGAGGGUAGGCGUCACAACGAAACCGUUUUCCAACAAAGUGGACUCACCGAUCUACUCCACAAACACUUCUACAAACCAAACGGCGACAAUCUGUUCAUCUAUGGCGAUCCUGCAUACAGUGUUGGGCCCCAUAUUCUAUCUCCCUACCGAGGUGCUGCACUGUUAGCUGGGCAGUCGCUCUUCAAUCGAAAGAUGAGCACUUGCCGCGAGCCAGUCGAAUGGAGUUUCAAGGAGGUUGCCCAGUAA